AUGGGGAAUAGAGUGCCUGCUUCUGUAGGAUUGUCUAAUGAUGCUGCUGUGAGUCAAAUACAGGAGAUUAUUUCAGACAACUGUGUGGUGAUUUUCUCCAAAACAACAUGUUUCUACUGCAAAAUGACAAAGAAACUUUUUGAGGGUAUGAAUGUAAAUUAUACAGCUGUAGAACUGGACAUGAAUACAAAUGGAAGUCGUUUCCAAGACAUUCUUGAACAGAUGACUGGUGGCAGAACAGUCCCAAGAGUGUUUGUCAAUGGGACUUUUGUUGGAGGUGCUACCGAUACUCAGAGGCUUCAUGAGGAAGGCAAACUGCUUCCAUUAGUCUAUCAAUGUCAAGUAAAAAGAGAAUCCUGA